UUUCCCCCCAGAAUUGUAUGCAAAUCUAACUGUAGAUACACCACUUCUGCAAGUCGGAACUACAUCCAACAUCUCCACCUUGUGACUAAUAGUACACUGCGUGCCGGUGUAAAGUUUCCGGUGUUAUGGCGACCUGGAGUUUCUACAUUUUAGUUUGCAGAAGAGUUUGUGCUGUGAGGUAAACCAAGGUGACUCUCGCAUGUGUUUGUGUGGGACUGACUAUGCUGCAGCUGGUAGCACUGGUCAUGGUCUGUAUUUACGCUGUGGUAACUGCUGAGGAAGCUGAGAACACCAACCACAAACCACUACUUCACUACAGCAGCCUCGCACUGCCACAGCACCAUAUCUCCUACUUCCUCCGCAAUAACAAGAGAGUGGCCAGGCUCUGUCGAGAGGACCCGCUCUGCCCUUUUAAAGAUGCUCUGCUGGAUGUGUCGGCCUGCUGGGGGUAUGAGAAGAACUGUGCCCCAGAGAACUGCUUUGGCUAUCCUGUCUGCACCAGGGUUGACUCCGGAUGGGCCAGCUCGUUGGAGGCAGCUCAGGAGCUGUUCUGGAAACAGGCAGACUUUGGUUACGUCAGGGAGCGCCUUAGUGAGAUGAAGACUCUCUGCAAGGCCACCAAUCCUGGAGACUCGUCUCUGAAAUGCACCAGCCACACUCGCUUCUGCAGGGCAACCAAUCUGUACUUGGACCUGCGGAACCCUCGCAGGGGUCAUGAGAGGUAUAAGGAGGACUUUCUCCAGGAGGGGGAGAUUGGGGGGCGUUGCAGUCUGAACCGCCGAGCGCUGGCCGCAGAAGGAGAGCACAAGAGCCCUCUGCAGUCCUGGUAUGCUGAACUACAGACAUACACAGAGCUGGACUUCAAACCCACAGAUGAAGAGCACUGUGACAUCAUCUUUGAGAAACCUACUGUAUUCAUGAAGCUUGAUGCAGGGGUUAACAUGUACCAUCAUUUCUGUGACUUUGUCAACCUGUACAUCUCCCAGCACAUCAACAACUCCUUCAGCAGAGACAUCAAAAUCCUCAUGUGGGACACAAGUUUUUAUGGAUAUGGGGAUCUGUUCAGUGAGACCUGGAAGGCUUUCUCUGACUAUGACAUCAUCCAUCUGAAGACUUUUGACACUAAAAGGGUGUGCUUCAAAGAUGUGGUGUUUUCCCUGCUCCCCAGGAUGAGAUAUGGGCUGUUCUAUAACACACCUCUGAUAUCUGACUGCCACAGUGAAGGGAUGUUCAGGGCCUUCUCCCAGUAUGUUCUAUAUCGACUCAACAUUCCACAGGAUGGACCCAAGGAGGGGAAGAUUCGUGUCACGUUGUUAGCACGCAGCACAGACUACCGUAAGAUAUUAAACCAGCAGGAGAGAAUGCAUCUCACUGUGUUCAUACAGCUCGCAAAUGCCCUGAAGACCUGGCCUUCACUCGAGGUCAAAGUGGUGGAUUACAAAUACAAGGACGUCCCUUUCCUGGAACAACUCAGGAUUACCCACAACUCUGACAUCUUCAUCGGGAUUCAUGGGGCGGGACUUACUCACCUGCUCUUCCUCCCUGAUUGGGCCGUCAUCUUUGAGCUAUAUAACUGUCAGGAUGAGAGCUGCUAUCGAGAUCUGGCUCGGCUGCGGGGGAUCCGAUAUGCGACUUGGCAAAAAAGGGACAAAGUGCUCCCAGAGGAUAAGGGUCACCAUCCCACCCUGGGGGCGCAUCCUAAAUUCACCAACUACUCCUUUGACGUGGAGGAGUUCAUGCGUCUGGUGCUGAAAGCAGCAGACUACGUCCUGAACCACCCCGAGUGGAAGCCCCGGCCUAGCCGUGAUGAACUGUAAGCCCCCAGCAGCAGAAGGAAUACAGGACAGUCGGGUGAAGUCAAACCCCCGGACUCAAACACAGCCAUCUUAGAAAUCUAAAAGUACAUUUUAACACUUAAGACGUUGUAUAUUAUCAAGGUUAAAUUUAAGUUAACAACAUUGCUUUUCAGCUAUUUAUUACCUGCCAACACAGCCCAGGGUACAUCUCAAUAGAGAUAAUAAAGGCCAAUCAAAUGGCCUUGGCAAACCUUAUGAGUGCCUGCUACCAUUUUCCUUGCUAGAGAAAAGUAUACACUCCUUACAACAAUUGCCACAUUUGUAUUACAUGCUGCCACUGGUGUGGUUACCAGAAAGAACAUUUGUUUCAUUUCUAAACAAUGUGCUUGUUUUCUGAUAAAGUUGUGUGUGACAGGCAGGGAUGGAACUUUCAGCAUGUUGUGUAUGUACCAGUUUGAACAACACUUCAGAAUGGUCUUUGCAGGUAUUUUCUAGUCCCUAUCGCACACAAACUAUCGAAUUAAUCUAAAGCUCACUGUUUUAUUUAUGAGAAAGGGAGUCAGACCUUUUGGUCGAUGUUUUGCAAAGACUUGUAAAGUCAUUUUAUAAUUCAAGGCCAUGGAAACAUUUUGAAAUAAAUAUUUUCAAUUUAACCCUAAAAGUGGCAACUUAUUUUUGUUGAUGACCAAAUUGGUAAUGAUUGCAAAGGAACACCUGUCAAGCAGUAAAAUAAUAAAAUAAAAAACUUUUGUAACACAA